ACAAACUGACGGAUCAUCGAUCAUAUGAAGAGCUCGCAGCGACCUGCAUCCGAGGAGCCCAUGCCUGCUUCACAUACGAGACAGUUUCCGACGGUGCACGAGUUCUGCUCACACAAGGACAUCAAUGAGAUCUGAAUGAGUUUCAACAUAACUGCUGACAGAACUCUCUCGUCCAUUUGCAGCUAUUGGAAGUGUAUUGCAACCAACGAAGUUAACGGAGCCAGAGGAGACUUCUGAAGUUAUGGAUUGUAGAGGGACUAUAUAAAUGUUAUCUUCUUGACUUUUUUAAGAAUCCUGGCUUCACUCCAUCAUCGGGUUCAGAGUGACCUGACUUCUUUUCUAUUUAACUGAAUAUUUUUAAUAACUCAGCACAAUGUUCCAGCACAAUAAGAAGUGCUUCACGAUUGAAUCUCUUGUGGGUAAAGACUCCAAUUCGUCAAACGCUGCUGCAGACGAGCCCAUCAGACCCACUGCUCUGAGGUUUACUGAGUCCAUCCAUCCUUCCCCCUUUGGCAGCUGCUUCCAGAAUUCAGGCAGGACACUGUACAGCAGCAGCCCAGAGAUGAUGUUCACAGACCCGGCCACUCACUCCACCAACUCCGGCCUGUCUCUGCGCCACCUCCAGAUCCCCACACAACCCUUCUUCAGUCCUCACCAGAGGGACACCUUGAACUUCUACCCGUGGGUGCUGAGGAACAGAUAUCUGGGACACCGGUUUCAAGGUGACGACAGUAGCCCUGAAAACCUGCUGCUCCACGGCCCUUUCUCCCGCAAGCCCAAGCGCAUCCGCACAGCCUUCUCCCCGUCACAGCUGCUCCGGCUGGAACGAGCCUUUGAGAAGAACCAUUACGUGGUGGGAGCUGAGCGAAAACAGUUGGCCAACGGCUUGUGUCUGACAGAGACGCAGGUGAAGGUCUGGUUCCAGAACAGAAGGACCAAACACAAGCGGCAGAAGCUGGAGGAAGAGUCUCCAGACCCGCAGCAGAAGAGGAAAGGCAGUCAGCACGUGAGCCGCUGGAGGGUGGCAACGCAGCAGGGCAGCCCUGAGGACAUUGACGUCAUUUCAGAAGACUGAUCUCACAUUAACAUCACUCAUGAUGAUGGAUCUCUGCCGCAAAAAAAAAAAAAAAA